UUUGAAUUAUUCAAAUGAAAACAUUUACCUGCAGUAAAGGAAGUGCAAGCUUUCUGUGUAACCUACUGUCAGAGAAUGUUGUGUUAGUUCUUUGACAGGAGCCAUCCCAGUGACAGGUCAGUCUCCUGCUGCUGCCUUUAUGUUGCUCUCUGUUCAGUGAUUUCACUCUGCGGUGUUUACAGAAAGCUGUGCGUGUGUUUGUCAAAAGUAAUUACCUUCUGGUUCAGUACCUUCUUUUGUGUGGGAGUAAAUAAUUUUCUUUUUCAGACUACGCUUUGAUUGGACUGGUAAGAUGUUGUCCACUUAUCUCUGUCGCACUAUUGUCUGUAUCUAACCCACACACACACACACAGCUGUGUGUUCAAGGAUCUUUUCUGUUGUCACUGCUGGACCACAGUGCUACUUUGUUCUAAGGAUGACUCUCAUCUACAAUGUCCUGAUUGCAUUUGCCUCUCUGUGUCUGCUGAUAUUUCCUCAGUCUUCUUAUUGUGGAAAGGAGAGUGUGGAGUACAAAGGCAACUGCCAUUACAAUGAAAGUUUCACCCUUUUCAACUGUACAAACGGCUCCCAGAGUGUCGUCUCUGAAGAAAGAUACCUUUACUGCUAUAACAAGAUGUUGGCUAAAUACUGUGUUUGCGAACAGACUAAAAGCCAUGGAAGAGUGAAGUGCAAGGACAACAGCCACCGUUUAGUGUGCAACAACUGCUCAAGGUCUCUGGGAGGGUUGAGUUUCUCCUGCGUCGACUGUUACAAGAAGAAGUGCAGUGGGUGAAACAUCAUGAAACAUCAUCUAACUCCAAGGAGUGAAUGAAUGAAUGAAGGCUGAGACAUUUUACAGCUCAUAUAAUAAAAAUAAUGCCACGCUGCCACGCACAAAGAACGAUGC